ACUGGUUUUGCGCUUCCUGUUAGCUCGCGGAGGAUAGCGGACAAGCGGUCGAAGAAAUAACUCAUGUAUCUGUAUAAAAUCGUUGUAUAGUUUCUGAAGUACGUUAUAUUACGGAGCUUCUGAGGUUCAUAUUUGGGAGACAAGAAUGAUCCGCUUCAUCCUCAUCCAGAACCGAGCAGGGAAGACGCGGCUGGCCAAAUGGUACAUGCAGUUUGACGAUGAUGAGAAACAGAAGUUGAUAGAGGAAGUACAUGCUGUGGUAACUGUCAGAGAUGCCAAGCACACCAACUUUGUGGAGUUCAGGAACUUCAAGAUUAUUUACCGACGCUACGCUGGCCUCUACUUCUGUAUUUGUGUGGAUGUAACUGAUAACAACUUGGCAUAUCUUGAGGGAAUCCACAACUUUGUAGAGGUGCUGAAUGAGUAUUUCCACAAUGUGUGUGAAUUGGACCUUGUGUUCAACUUCUACAAGGUGUACACGGUGGUGGAUGAGAUGUUCCUGGCGGGAGAGAUCAGGGAGACCAGUCAGACCAAGGUCCUCAAGCAGCUUCUCAUGCUCCAGUCGCUCGAGUAGAAAAUCAGAAAAGCAUCCCACCUACCUGCUGCCCUGGCACCCGACCUCAUCAACUCAUUGUACCCAUGUCUCUGGAAAAGGCCUCCUUCUCUACAGAGUAGACCCUGCUCUGAGCAGAACUUCAGGAGGUGGCUUUUUAGAAAUAGAGAUGUUGUUUACUACAGAUAUAUAGAUGGAGGUUCAUUUAACCUGUUUGCCAUAGCAGUCUGUAUAUUACUGCCUGGUAAUGAAGACACUCAAUAUAAGGCUCUGCAUUUCAACAUGUUAACAUUUCAUUCUAGUGUGUAAAUCAUAUGAGAUCCUGUAUCUUUGCAUUUUAUUUUACUUGCGUUCAUUUUGGUUGUUUUCUCAAGAUCUUGAGAAGUUAAUGAAUUAUUGCCAGAAAAACAAGCGACAAAGACAAGACCUUGAAAAGAUAACUGGAAAUGAUUCAUUUUACAGAAAAGCAGAGUAAAAUGAAAUGUGUGGAUGGGUAUCUGCCACCUAAGUUUCAGUUCACUUUCCCUAAAUCCUUUAACUCCUGAACUCAUGUAACCAUGUAACCAGUUAGUUUUAUCUCUCUGCAGUUUAGUGGCACUGCUCUCUCCUGUCCUCCUCCUCUGCUCCUUUUAAAAUCCUCCAACUUUCAAAUGAUGCACUUCUGUCACUAACAAGCACCAUGUAUAAAAGACCGCUUAUAAUGAUCCAUGGGCAUUGAGCACUUAGAACGGCCUUGCAGCCAUCGCUAUAAAUCCAUGUCAGGAAAGACCUUGCCUGUGAUGGGGUAUUAGACUUGUCAUGCCUUGUGCUCAUUUAAUAUCAGGAUUACAGUACAAGCAAACUACAUCUAGAAAGCCCUCUAGAGCAAUUGACCCAGUGUGGCAAGUUCAUAAUUGAAUGGAGUGUACUCAGGUUGAGUGCCAUUCUGAUGGUGUGUUAUGCCAAGCUGUGCCGUGUCAGACGUCCUCACAGCUGAUGGUAAUAAUAAACUGUGUAGGUUAUGUUAGUUCAGGCUGCCCUGUUCGCUGGAUGCUGUAAUUGUGUUUAAUGCAGAUUAUCUACUUCUUGUGCAACAUAUUACAUUAAGUGGUGCUUGUUGGUCACACAUAAAACAAACAUGAGCAGAUGAAAGUCUCAGACAAGGUUUAUUUUAUAUGAACUAGUGUGGUGAAGUUUGCAUCGUAUGGUGAGUGUACAUACAGUGUUUCUUAUGUAUGUUGAAUAUUGUAAAACUAACAGAUCCAUUCCAGAAAGAGUGAUUCUCGCUUAUUACAUUGUCAGAGCAGUACUUGUUGUUAAAGAUCCAUAAUAUAAAUUAGCUUUUAAAUAAGUCUCCUGAACUUGAACCAACAUGAUCCACAUUUCUCUUUGCUGGAUUUUGAUUAUUGACAAUAUCUGUCACACCAGUUCUUACAGUUUUAUAGGUUUCAGAGGUGGUUUAAAUUGUUACAACUGUUCACCUUUUCUAUUUUUUUUAAUGUUUUGGCAUUAGUGAAAUAUGUACUGCUUCCCUUAUUGUCAACCUGUGCGAGUCUGUUGAUGGAAGACGUGUUUGUAUGCAUUAUUGUGUCUGAUCCAAUUAUCCAAAUCAAUACGUCCCAUUGUAUGUAAAUAAAAAUAAAGAGAUGAAGUAAAAUAAACAAAUUCAAACUGA